AGAAAAUAAAAACAAGCCGCUUCUCCCUCACUCACUCCUCUAAAACCAGAAACAAAAAGGCAAAGACGAGAGCUUAAUUAAUGGCUUCCCCGACGAUAAGAACCGUCGCAAGUUACAACACUCACCUAGAGUACUCCGUCGAUUUCUUUGGAGACGAGUUCAUCGUCACCGUAACGUGGGAUUCUUCCGUCAUCAGCCGUUGGAUUCGCAACGUCCUCUUCAACAACCGUUUCUCCUCUCACCCUCUCGUCGUUGGAGUUGGCGUCCAGUGGACACCGUUUAGUUAUUACUCCGAUCCAAGACCGAAUAACUACUACGCCGAUCCUCCGCCGAUAAGAUACUACUCAGAUAAUCCAGCGGAUAUUCUCCAGUUAUGCGUGGGUAAUCGAUGUCUCAUCAUCCAGUUAGGUUACUGUGACCAAGUACCUAACAACCUCCGCAGUUUCUUAGCAGAUCCAGAAACCACGUUCGUCGGUGUCUGGAAUGGUCAAGAUGCAGGAAAGCUUGCUCGGUGUUGCCACCAGUUGGAGAUCGGAGAACUUCUGGACAUAAGGCGGUACGUGACUGAUUCGUGGGGAAGGAGCAUGAGGCGUUCUUCGUUUGAAGAGAUUGUUGAGGAAUGUAUGGGCUAUCAAGGAGUGAUGCUAGAUCCGGAGAUAAGCAUGAGCGAUUGGACCGCUUACGAUCUAGACCUUGAUCAGAUUCUUCAGGCGUCACUAGAUGCUUACGUUUGCCAUCAGCUUGGUGUUUGGACUCGUCUCUGGGAAGUUUGAAAACAAGUAUCAAAAUGAAUAAAUUGCUACUUGGAUUUUUCUGUCUUUUGUUGACAAGUGACUUGAAUCUUCUUUUUGUUUUGUUAUGAGAAAAAAAUUGUGGUUUGAAUCUUUUCGUUUAUUUUUGUUGUCAAGUGGUUUGAAUCUUCUUAUUGUUAAAGUUAUGAGAAAAAAACUGUUUUGUUUUUCACUCGUUACUUACAUGAGUAAGGUGAAUAAAACUUUGAUCAC